ACUCAGAAACAAAUUAAAGAAGAAGAAAAAACUUGUAUAUCCGAUCCGAUGGGAGGCUGCUUUAAGUGGUUUGCGGCGGUGGCGCUUGUGGUGUUGGUGGUUGGUGGAGAUUGGGCGGCGGCGGAGAUUCAGUGCAACGACGCCGUGGCGCGGGUGCUCCCCUGCGAAGCUUUCCUGCUGAGCGGGGACAGUACGCCGAGCGCGGCGUGCUGCAGCGCCGUCCAGUCUCUGGAUCAAACCGCGACGGCGUCCGCCGGAGAUCGGAGGGCCAUAUGCGAGUGCUUCAAGGAUGUUGCCAAGUCUUUCCCCAUCAACUUGGCCAAAGCCCAGCUUCUCCCCGAGCUUUGCCACGUCACCGUCGGCGUUAAGAUUGAUCCCGACGUUGACUGCACCAGAAUUUGAAGGGUUAUCCAAGUUUCCAGGCGAUAAAUUAAAGCUAUGUUACGUAUUAAUGAAACGACGCAGUAUCAAUGAACACUGAUAUUUGUUUUGUUUCUAU